AAUCUUUGCCAGUCCUUUGGCCUAAGGCCAUGUUGGACACCAUAAUCCUCAGGCUUGAUUGUGGCCUGGCCUCUGCUUGCAGAGCUCACUGCUACUGCCUGGGUUCCAGCAGGACCCAAGAGGCCUGCCGAGGGCCAUCUUCCAGAGGAUCUCCAUAGCCUGGGAGCCCAAGGGAGGUGGCCCAGGGCUGUGGGUUGAUGCUUCAGGUUAUAUACUAGCUGAAGAAGAGAAAGCAUCAAGUGCCGCUGAGGGCAGCUUGACAGAAAGUGGAAGGAAGUAGGGGUUUCUGGCAGACAGCGUGAUGGAAGACCACUGUUGAGUUCUAAAGAUGGAAAGUAGAUGUCUGAGUGUGUCUGUGGUGGAGUGAGGGAGUCUGUGAAGAAGUUGUGGUUCAUGAAUCUGCUUUGUAUCUCAAGGCCACACGUGAAGCUCUGUCUUGUGUGGUGAAGCCUGGAGGGCCACUUCUCCAUUUUACCCUGCAUAGGGGUCACCUGGGAGCUAGUGGAAAUGCAGGUUCCAAUUCGGGAGGUCUGGGUCCAAGAGCGGAAUUUCUCACAGCACUAUUUAUGACCCUUGUGAUGAAGCUUGUGCCUGGAUUGUACUUUGAGUACCAGGGCGUCAUGGAAACUCAGAGGCACGGCUGAUGGGGGACUGUGCUGAGAGAGGCCGAGGAGACUCUAGAAUGAGGCCUGUUUAAGGGUCCUCAACAUGAAAGCUAAAACUGUCGAGAGUAAUGGCUGGCAGUGGAGUGAAGAAAUCUGGAAACCCAGGUGCAGAAGGUGAAGACGGAUGUUAGGAGUCUGUGGGUGAAGACACUGGAAAAGCUUCAGCUAUAAAAAUGUGCACCAGUUGCCUCUUGAAGUGCCGUCAGCUGUAACCAAAGUUCCAGAUCCCAAGACCACAGCCAGGCGUUCCCGCUCCCAAGAACUGAAGACCAUGGAACUCUCUGACAGCGACCGCCCGGUCAGCUUUGGCUCCACGUCAUCCUCAGCCUCUUCUCGGGACAGCCAUGGUUCCUUUGGCAGCAGAAUAACCUUAGUGUCAAACAGCCACUUGGGCUUGUUUCACCAGGAUAAGGAAGCAGGGGCCAUAAAACUGGAGUUGAUUCCAGCCAGGCCGUUUUCCAGCAGUGAGCUGCAGAGGGAUAGCCCAGCCGGGCAACAGAGCACGGAGGAGGGCAGUGAAAGGCUACCCUGGGGCCCACGAAGAGUGGAGGCAAACGGAGCCACCAAAACCAGUGCAGAGUCAGCCACUAGCCCCAAGCUCCUCUAUGUGGAUAGAGUUGUUCAGGAAAUUCUGGAGACUGAAAGGACUUACGUGCAAGAUUUAAAAAGCAUCGUAGAGGAUUACCUUGACUGCAUCAGGGACCAAACGAAACUUCCUCUGGGGACAGAAGAACGAUCAGCCCUUUUUGGAAAUAUACGGGAUAUCUACCACUUCAAUAGUGAACUUCUGCAAGAUUUGGAAAACUGUGAAAAUGACCCCGUGGCCAUAGCAGAAUGUUUCGUGUCCAAGAGUGAAGAAUUCCACAUUUACACCCAGUAUUGCACCAACUAUCCAAGAUCAGUGGCUGUGCUAACAGAGUGCAUGAGGAACAAGACGCUGGCCAAAUUCUUCAGGGAGCGUCAGGAAACUUUGAAGCACUCGCUGCCUCUGGGGUCCUAUCUCUUGAAACCAGUUCAGCGGAUUCUCAAGUAUCACCUUCUUUUACAUGAAAUAGAAAAUCACCUUGACAAGGACACAGAAGGCUAUGAUGUGGUCCUUGAUGCUAUAGACACGAUGCAGCGGGUAGCUUGGCACAUCAAUGACAUGAAGCGGAAACAUGAACACGCAAUCCGGUUACAGGAGAUUCAGAGUUUGCUCACUAACUGGAAGGGGCCAGACCUGACCAGCUACGGGGAACUGGUACUUGAAGGAACCUUCCGCAUCCAGCGGGCCAAGAACGAGCGGACCCUCUUCCUCUUCGACAAGCUGCUUCUCAUCACAAAGAAGAGAGACGACACGUUUACAUACAAAGCUCACAUCCUGUGUGGCAACCUCAUGCUCGUGGAAGUGAUCCCCAAGGAGCCACUCAGUUUCAGCAUCUUCCACUACAAGAACCCCAAGCUGCAGCACACGGUUCAGGCAAAAUCCCAGCAAGACAAACGCCUGUGGGUUCUGCACCUGAAGAGACUGAUCCUGGAGAAUCAUGCAGCCAAGAUUCCAGCUAAGGCCAAGCAAGCAAUACUUGAAAUGGAUGCCAUUCAUUAUCCGGGCUUCUGCUACAGUCCUGAGGGAGAGACGAAGGCACUUUGUGGUUCUAAAGACGGUGCCACUCCUUAUCGGCUGAGAAGAAAAUCUGAACCUUCAUCAAGAUCACAUAAAGUUUUGAAGACAAGCGAAACAGCACAAGACAUCCGAAAGGUUUCCAGAGAGGAAGGGCCUCCACAGCGGACUUCCGCAGGGCCAUCUCCCGCCCAGAGGAACAGUCAGCCCAGCAGCUCUGCCAUCCUCAGCGUGAUUCGUGGGGGUGGAACCAUCAGAAACAUCUGGACGGAUCACCAGAUCAGGCAAGCCUUGUUUCCCAGCCGACGGUCCCCACAGGAGAAUGAGGAUGAUGAAGAUGAUUAUCAGAUGUUCGUGCCGUCCUUUUCCUCUUCAGAUCUGAACUCGACCAGACUGUGUGACGAUAGCACUUCAAGUCGUCCUUGCAGUUGGCACAUGGGACAGAUUGAGGCCACAGAGACCACCAGCUCUGGCCACAGGGUUGUUCGGCGGGCCAGCAGUGCUGGUGAGAGCAACACAUCCCCUCCUGAAAUAAGAACAAGGGACAGUGAUGGCUGUCAGUACAGGGAGCUGCAGAAUGACCCUAAAACAGAAGGCCAGGAUAGAAUGACUACCUUUGGGCCAUCUAUAGAGUUGACUAUUGAUGAUAUAGACCAUGUCUAUGAUAACAUAAGUUAUGAGGACUUAAAACUAAUGGUUGCUAAACGGGAAGACACUGACUCCACUCCCCCCAAAUUAGCCAGGGACUCUGUUCGGCCCAAGAGCACCCCAGAGCUGGCCUUCUCAAAGAGGCAAGCUGGCCACGAGAAGAGCUCUCUGCACACAAAGAGAGAUGGAGCUCUGACAGGUCGAGAGCUAUCGAACCAAAGCACACAUGAACUUGAGGUGGUUGAGGAAAAUAUCUACGACACUAUAGGGCUCCCAGAUCCACCCUCACUGGAUUUCAAAUGCAGCAGCCUAAAGCAUAACAAGAGGAGCACCUUCUUAGGUCUGGAAGCCGACUUUGCCUGCUGUGACAGCCUGAGGCCCUUCGUGUCCCAGGAUAGCCUCCAGUUCAGCGAGGAUGAAGCGCCUUACCACCCGGGACCUUCUGAUAAUGAUUACUUGAGUUUGCUGUAUAACUCUUUCAGCUGUAACUUGUCUAUAGCUGAUAAGUCUAUAUCUGAUAAACUGUCUGAAGAAGUAGAUGAAAUCUGGAAUGACCUGGAAAAUUACAUCAAGAAAAACGAAGUCAAAGCUAGAGACCGGCUCCUGGCAGCAUUUCCUGUCAGCAAAGAUGACGUGCAAGAUAGGCUGCACUCCGAGAGCACACCUGAGCUGAGCAAAGACACAGGACACGCCAUGUCCACACUCUCGCUCCCUGAGAGCCAUGCCUUCCUUACGCCGCUGAAAGACAGGCCUGGCAGAGCCAGCCGGGCCAGCUGCCCGUUCGAAGAAGACCUGAUAUCUAAAGAAGACUCCUUUAUGAGUCUUAACCGGCUAUCUCUGGCAAGUGAAGUGCCUCCCAUGGAAAAUCCCUAUGACUUGGCCAACAGCAGCCUGUCCCAAACAGACCUGGAAACCCCUGACCCUGGGGUGGAGGCCACAGAUAAGACAAAAAGCAGGGUUUUUAUGAUGGCGAGGCAGUACAGUCAGAAGAUCAAGAAGGCAAAUCAACUUUUAAAAGUGAAAAGCCCGGAGUUGGAACAGCCUCCUGCCAGCCAGCUGCAUAAAUCUGUGCAUAAAGAUCUGGCAGCCAUCUUGGAAGAGAAGAAGCAAGGAGGGCCUGCCAUCGGUGCCCGGAUUGCUGAGUAUUCCCAACUGUAUGACCAGAUUGUAUUCAGAGAGACUCCCUUUAAGAUUCAGAAGGACAGCUGGGCCAGCCCUCAAGAAUCUGCCAACCUCAGGUCUACGUUACCUUCCCAGGCCCAACAUGGUAGCGAGGAUUGGUUUUUGCAUUCAACCUAUAGUAAUGGAGAAUUAGCAGAUUUCUGUUCCCGACCAGAGCAAGACUCAAAGCCAAAAUAUCCCACAUUAGAGAUCAAUCCAAAAAGUACUCCAAGACAAUUGUCCACAGCUUGCUCCGUGCCUUCUCUUCAAACCUCCCACUCUCUGCUGGGCUCUAUGCAGAGACACAGCGUGGUAGUCAGUCAACCUAACAAAGAGAACUCAUGUCAUGGCCAUCUUUACAAUUCUUUGGGUCGAAAAGGAAUCAGUGCUAAAUCUCAGCCUUAUAACAGGUCCCAGUCAUCUUCCUCAGUCUUGAUAAACAAGUCCAUGGAGUCCAUCAACUACCCUAAUGAAACGGGAAAGAAACAACUGCUGUCUUUACACAAAAGCCCAAGGUGUGAGAGUCCCCAGGAUUUGCUGCUAGGUAUAGGUGACUCAUGUCAACAGGGCACUGAGAAAUGCUCAGAUCUCACUAUCCAAGACUCACAGAAAGUUCUGGUAGUAAAUAGAAAUGUGCCCUUAAAUGCCCAAAUAGCUACGCAGAACUAUUUUUCCAAUUUCAAAGAGACGGAAGGAGAUGAAGAUGACUAUGUAGAAAUAAAGUCAGAAGAAGAUGAGUCAGAAUUGGAGCUUUCUCACAGUCGCAGAACGAAGUCUGACUCAAAGAUCGUGGAUGCCGACUUUUCUGAUAAUGUCUGCAGCAACAACACGUCUUACUCUUUGAAUAGUCCAUGCACUCCCAAAAAGCCAAUAGGUGGCAAACUUGGGGUUUCACCCUACCUGACAUCAUACAACGAUUCUGAGAAACUGAAUGACUAUCUCUGGAGGAGCCCAUCUCCCAAUCAGCAAAAUAUUGUCCAGAGUCUAAGGGAAAAAUUUCAGUGUCUUAGUUCCAGCAGCUUUGCCUAAGGUUCUUAAUAGUAGCUUCCUGAGUUAACUUCUUAUUAUGCUCAUAAGUUACAGAUACUGAGAGGUAUUUUAUAUGUACCAGAUUAAAAUAAUUUUGUAAUAACCAGAGGUGUAAAAUAUACUUUCUUUUACAGCACAACUUUUUGAAACGGCUGGUGAUCCAGCCAGGAUUGUACUGUAGCCAAUGUCAGCAUCUGUGUUUUCUGAUGCUGGCUGUCUUCAUGUUUCAUGUAAGUCAAUCUUCCUUGAAAAUUUCUAGGCAUUUGUUUUUAACAAGAUGGCCAUGCUAUUGUUUUCUCCAUAUCCUGACAGUAGUGCCCAGACUUUAAGAAAUGCAAUAAUCCUCUCGUAUUAUUCAGAAGCCACAAGUAGUUUUAUCCUAGGACUCAAAGGCAGCAAGGAGGCAUUUCCACAUGUUUUAAAAAAGGAAAGGAAACAGAAGCUAUUUAAAGGAUUAUGCUUAUUAUAUCUGGCAUUUUUGUGCUAUCUAUGGCGAGACUCUAGAAUAACUUAAGCUAAAGAUGUCUAAUUGGAAUAGAGCAUAUGGUGUCCAUUUUAGGGUUUCUUAUGCUGGUAUUCCUACAUCAGUUCAUUAUAAUGCAGAACUUGUGUAACUAUUGGAAAUCAGAAUGUAACAAGACCAAUUUUCUAUAAGGCAAAAUCUUUACUUGGAUUCCUGGACAAUGCCUGGAGAAUGAGCAGCUCAUUGUGUUUAUUUUAAGAUUUCUGGGGUUAAAUGAAUGAUUCUCUCAAUGCGUUCAAGAAAACCAAGGGCAAGAAGACACAAAUUGACUUCAGUAUUAGAAAAGAUGGAUUACAUCUGGGAACAGCUUGAUUAGUGCCUCAUAGUUCAGUUGUGGGGAAGAAGAUAGAACCCUUCUUACUGUUGUUUGUGCCUGUCUCUAAUCAACACGAAGUAAACCACAAGCUAAAAUGAAACGAAGCACUUUAAAGUUACCCUUCCCAGGGCAGUUUUUCAUAUGAACUUCCAUGAGUUUUGUACCCAGCCAAAUGACCUGAUCCUAGCUUGGAGGAUUUCUUCAACUGCAAUGAAAUUUAUUUGCUAAACCAAAUGUAACAUGGGGCCUUAUUGCAUUGUUUUCCAGCAUAUAAAAGAACAGAAUUUUUGGUUAAUAAGCUCUGACUAAUAACAUCUUUUAUGUUGUCUUUGUGGUUUUUAAAUCAUUUAUUGUGACAUGUUGUCCAAAUACAACUCUUGAUGAAAGGAAGCUGAAAAACAAAAGCAAAAAUACCUUAUGAUUAGAAAGCGAAAGAGAAAAAUGAAGGUGGAUUUGUUGCAACAAGAAUAUUUCUCAAACAGUAACAUUUGUAUUCUCAUUUUAAGCGGUUUUACGUUUUGUGGCCCCUCCCCAACCCUCUGAGUUUUCAUUUUAAAAGAUGUGAUAAUAUGUGUAGGGUAAAGAGAUCUGGGCUUCUCAUUUAAAGGUGAGCAAUGAUAUUGAUUUGCAUCAGUGACAUCUUACCAUAAUUCUUUUCCUCUUUUUAAGUCCUAUGCCUUUUUCCUCGCCAUAAAACAAAACGUGACCAUCCUUAUAGUACAAACACAUACCUAAGGCACUCAUUUUUCUUUUGAAAUAACAAAAAAUAACCCAAGUUUCCUGCUUCUCUAUACUAUUCUUUCUUCUGGUAGCUUAUUAAACAAAGUCCAUAUUUAAUAGCCUGGUUCUGGAAACAGUUCUUCUUUUGUUGCCUUUCUUUAAGCAUGAUAUGAGUUUUCAAGAUUAUGCAGUAUCAGAAAAGAUAAGUACCAUAAGAAGGUUACGUUCUUAGACUUACUAGAGGUAUUUGUGUUUGCAAAACAAAGUUACCUGACUCUUCUUGUCCCAAGAAUGCAGUCUUGCAAUUUUUGCGUUUUAGUUUCUAUGACCCAGAUUCUGUGUUGUCCAUAAUACUGUGGUGUCUUACUCUCAGAAUGAUUAAUUCUUCACACCAAUGUCUUGUUGACAGCUUUGAUGUCACCUGUAGGAAUACACCCUGCUGCACGAAGGUGGAUAUCUUACUGUAUAAAAUGUCCAUGUGGUCGUCUUUAGGUUCUAGAACAAAUCCUUAGUUUUACAGAUCACUUCUGUCAGCACAGAUGCAGAUUUUGAGAGCUUUGUGUAUAUAUAUAAUCAUGUUUGUAUUUUUCCUCAAUGUUAUCAAUUUAGUGCUUUUGUUUAAAAUAGUUUCUUUUGAAGGUGGGGUAGGGAUGUAUAUAACUGAGGAAAAAAGGGUAGAUGUACUUUAAAGUAUAUCACGUUCUUUUUAGGUCUCUGUACUGAAGGUUCAAUUUUUUUUUUUAUGAGUUCACUUUUCACCUACUCUAUUCUUUGUGCAAAAAAAAAUGCAUCUAGGAAAACAUAGUUUAAAUAUUGUAUAUAAGAUAAUGAAAGUUAGUAAUGCUCAUUAUUUAAUAAAAGUUUGUAAAGUACAAAGUAAA